AUGAAGGGCUUCUUUCGACCUUUAACUAGGCUUGGAGGUCUUAGAGCCUAUGCGGCAUCGUUUAGUAGAUCAAAGCUGCGGCUUGAAGGGGUUAAGGAUGUUAUUGCUGUUGCUUCUGGUAAAGGCGGCGUCGGCAAGUCCACCACUGCUGUUAAUUUGGCUGUUGCCCUUGCUAACAAGUGCCAUCUGAAAGUGGGUUUGCUUGAUGCUGAUGUUUAUGGGCCAUCUGUUCCAACGAUGAUGAAGAUCAGCAAAAAGCCAGAUGUCACUGAAGAUGCAAAGAUGAUACCAAUUGAAAAUUAUGGAGUUAGGUGUAUGUCAAUGGGAUUUCUUGUGGAGAAUGAUGCCCCUAUUGUGUGGAGAGGUCCCAUGGUGAUGAGUGCUCUUGAGAAAAUGCUGAGGGGAGUUGAUUGGGGAAAUCUUGACAUACUUGUGGUGGAUAUGCCCCCUGGUACUGGUGAUGCUCAGAUAACUAUGAGUCAAAAUCUGCAAUUAUCAGGUGCUAUUAUUGUCUCAACUCCACAAGAUGUUGCAUUAAUAGAUGCUCGUAGAGGAGUUAAAAUGUUCUCAAAAGUUCAAGUUCCUAUUUUGGGAUUUGUAGAGAACAUGAGCUGCUUCAAGUGUCCACAUUGUGGUGAACCUUCUUUCAUUUUUGGGGAAGGAGGAACCCGAAAGACAGCUGCUUCAAUGGGUUAUAAUUUUAUUGGUGAGAUACCAUUAGAAGUGGAGAUCAGGAAAAGUGGCGAUGAAGGUGUCCCAAUAACAAUAUCAUCACCUGACUCUGUAGUCUCCAAGGCAUAUGGCGAUGCAGCACAAAAUCUUGUUAAGAGACUUGAGGAAUUGGCAAAGGAACAAAUUCUUCAACCAGAGAUUAAUCUAUGAUGAAAUGGUGCUGCUUGGUGAAUGGUUGCCUUAAAUAUCAUAAGAUGGUCAUGUUAACCAGUAUACUUGGUCAUGCUUUUGUAAUUGCUCUAGGUACCAAAAUUGUAUGUUAUGAAUGCCAAUUUGAUUCAUUUAUCCUUUUCACUGUUUGAAGAAGAAAUUAAUGUAUUCUAGGCAUGAUUAGAUUGGAAGUACACUCAGUAGGUAGCAACUUUGAUAAAGUUGAAAUUGGGACUGUUUUGCACUA